GGGGCGCACGUGCAACAGCCGCUCUUUCCGACAGGAUCACCGCGAUGGCCGCCCAGGGAGAGCCGCAGGUCCAGUUCAAGGUCGUCCUGGUGGGCGACGGCGGCACCGGAAAGACGACGUUCAUGAAGCGCCACUUGACUGGAGAGUUUGAGAAGGAGUACGUAGCUACCCUGGGCGUGGAGGUGCACACACUAAUCUUCCAUACCAACAGAGGACCCAUCAAGUUCAAUGUGUGGGACACAGCCGGCCAGGAGAAGUUCGGGGGCCUGCGCGAUGGCUACUACAUCCAAGCCCAGUGUGCCAUUAUAAUGUUUGAUGUAACAUCAAGGGUUACUUACAAGAAUGUGCCUAGCUGGCAUAAAGAUCUAGUACGCGUGUGUGAAAACAUCCCCAUUGUAUUGUGUGGCAACAAAGUGGAUAUUAAAGACAUGAAAGUGAAAGCAAAACCUAUUCUCUUCCACCGAAAGAAGAAUCUUCAAUACUAUGACAUUUCUGCCAAAAGUAACUACAACUUUGAAAAGCCUUUCUUCUGGCUUGCCAGAAAGCUCAUUGGGGAUCCUAACUUGGAGUUCGUUGCCAUGCCGGCUCUUGCCCCACCUGAGGUGGUCAUGGACCCAGCUUUGGCAGCACAGUACGAGCAUGAUUUAGAGGUUGCUCAGACAACUGCUCUUCCAGAUGAGGAAGAUGACCUGUAAGAAAGCGAAGCUGGAGCCCUGCUUCAGACGUCUAUUUUUUAGGCAACUGUCCUGUGAUGCCUGCCAGCGGUGCAGCGUGUGUACCACUUUAUUUAGCUAAAGGAGAUCGUGUACUCCAUCGGGAAGCUGAAGGAGAUGAAUGGGCUUCAGAGUAAAUAUGGCAGUUAAAACACCUUUUUUUU